AUGAGGUGUGCUCUGUGGAUAAGCGCCCCAGGACAAACUUUACUGAUGUACAAAGAUACAGGAAGCCCACACUCCGCACUCCCCUCGCGAGCCCAGACACUUCCGAGAAAGGGAAUGGGACACAUGAAAGGAGCCCAGGCUGAAGAAAGCAACAUCAUCAUCACAAAGAACGGAAACCUUUGGGUCCAACGUCUCCUCUGUUAUCAUUACCAAGUCUUCCCGGAUCGCCGCGCGGAGGCGAAGGCGUGCAUAAGAGGCAUCAGCUGGACGCCGCUGCCCGAAGCUCUGGAUUCAAAGGACACCAUGAAACAGUUUCUGUCAGAGCGAGUGGUGAAAGCCGGGCGGUCGGUGUACUGUGUGAUCCUGGAGAAGAGCCGCGGGCUGAUCAGAGACAGGAAGCAUCAUCUCAAAACAUACAGACAGUGCUGCUCGGGGAGGGAGCUGGUGGAUUGGCUGAUGAAGGAGAUCGAGGUCAUCCAGUCCAGGAGCCAGGCCGUGGGCAUGUGGCAGGUGCUGGUGGACGAGGGGAUCCUGGCACACGUGAAGCACGAGCUGAACUUCCUGGACAAAGACACUCAGUUGUACCGCUUCCAGGACUCAGAGUUCAAUCUGAACGGCACAAACGAGAAAGUGACAGACGAGGACCUGCAGGAGGCGCUGUCUCUGCUCUCGCAGCUGGGCCCUGACGCACUGCUCACUAUGAUUCUGCGCAAAAGCCCCAGUCAGAGGAGUGCGGAGGACCUGGAGGUGAUCUACGAGGAGCUGCUGCACGUGAAGGCCGCUGCACAUCUGUCUACUUCGGUGCGUAAGGAGCUGGCUGCAGUGCUGGUCUUUGAAUCACACGCCAAAGCAGGAACAGUGCUGUUCAGUCAGGGGGACAAGGGGACGUCCUGGUACAUCAUCUGGAAGGGAUCGGUCAACGUCAUCACACAUGGAAAAGGCGUGGUGACCAGCUUACACGAGGGAGAGGACUUCGGUCAGCUGGCCUUGUUAAACGACGCUCCUCGCGCUGCCACCAUCAUCCUCAGAGAAGACAACUGCCAUUUCCUCCGGGUGGACAAACACGACUUCAUCCGCAUUCUCAAGGACGUGGAGGCGAACACAGUGCGACUGGAGGAACACGGAAAAACUGUGCUGGUGCUGGAGAAAAGUGCCGAGUCCACGGAGCCUGGAGCUGCCACUAACAGCAAAUACACAGUGAUGUCUGGUACUCCGGAGAAAAUCCUGGAGCAGCUUUUGGAGACUUUAAAGUUGGACUGUGCACAGGAUGCCAUAGAUCCGUGUGUGAGUGACUUUCUGCUCACUCAUAAAGUCUUCAUGGCCUCCAGUCUGCUGUGUCCUGCUCUACAGCUGCAUUUCCAAGCGGAGCUCUCUGAAGGCUCAGAGCAGGAGAAGGCUGCGUUUAUCCUCCAAAACAAGCAGAAGGUAGUGAAGCUGGUCGGCCUGUGGGUGGCGCUGUACGGCCAGGUGCUUAAGGAGGACCCUGUUGCUGUGGACUUUUUAGAGGGUCUGAGGAAGGAGGUGGCUGGGGACUAUCGCCUCUGCAGCGUGCUGAAGGAGUUCAGAGAGAGGCGAAGAACCAAAAUAAUGGAGAAUGGAUACCAGUCCCUCAACAGGAACCACCAUUUUGACUGGUUUUCAAACGGUGAAGAUCCCAAUGGAAGGCUCCAACCAAUCAGAGCUCAUGAUAAAGUGUUGUAUGAGAUCUACCAGCCGGACCACAAAGCUCUGACCGUCAUGCUGCCAGUGAACAAGAGCGUGCAGGACGUGAUGUCGGCCAUGUUAAAGACCAACUCGGAUCACGUCCUGGUCAAAAUGAACUCUGCGGAAGAGAGAGCCCAGCUGAAGCUCGAUGCCACGGCGGUGUACACGGCCCUGGGACUGAACGAGAGGCUGUUUGUGUGUGCGAGCAGCCAGGUGGAGCAGCUGCGCCCCCUGAAGGAGCAGCUGGGGCCAGAGCAGGGCACUGCGGACGUCCUGGAACAGAUGAGCUCCAAAGACAUCGCCAUCGAGCUCACCAGCUACGACUGGGAGCUGUUCACUGCCAUGCACGAGGUGGAGCUGGUUUACUACGUGUUCGGUCGCCAUAAGUUCCCCGGCUCCAUCACGGCCAACCUGGAGCGGUGCGUGCGGCGGUUCAACGAGGUGCAGUACUGGGUCGUGACGGAGCUGUGUCUGUGCGAGGACCUGGUCAAACGGGCCGUUGUACUCAAGAAGUUCAUCAAGAUCGCCGCAGUAUUAAAAGAGCAGCGGAAUCUGAACUCCUUCUUUGCUGUUAUGUUUGGUUUGAACAACAGCGCGGUGCAAAGGCUUCACAAAACCUGGGAGCGAAUACCAAACAAGAUCAAAAGAGUUUACUGCCAGUAUGAAAGACUAUUGAACCCUUCUCGUAACCACAGAGCAUACAGAUUGGCUGUGGCUAAACUCAGUCCUCCCUACAUCCCGUUUAUGCCGCUGCUUCUCAAAGAUAUGACUUUCAUCCAUGAAGGAAAUCCAAACUACAUCGACAAACUGGUGAACUUUGAGAAAAUGCGCAUGAUUGCCAAAACCAUGAAGAUAGUGAGAGGAUGCCGAAGCCAGCCUUAUGUGCCUUCGUCUCCACAGAGAGGUUUAGCAGAUCGGAUGUUUCUGGAUGGACCGGCCAUUCGAUUAUCUACAUACUCUGAACAUGCUCAUCCUCUGAGGACGCCCAGUAACAUCCGACACUACAUCCUGAACCUGAGAGUCAUCGACAGCCAGCGCAGACUCACACAGCUGUCCAGAACCAUGGAGAGCUGA